AUGCUUGGAUGUGAAACUGUGCCAUGCUGUGCCUUGAGAAUUGACCGUGCAAGCGAAGCAAAGCCAACCAACACGAAGGAAAUUUCACCUCCUCCGAGGUACAUCCGUGGUUUGAAUUCUGACCAGGUUUCAUCCAGACUUCUUGCUGGAGAGGUGGAACUGAGAGAUGCAGAACUUGAAGUCGGGCCUUUGCAGAGCCUCCUUGCCGGUACCCUGCCAUACACGUUGGAGGUCUCGGCUGCAUCCUGCGACCGGAUCUUGCUGACGGUACCUUGGAGUGCUCUUCGCUCCCGGCCUCUGAGAGUGGAGAUCGGCCACGUGCGUGCGCAGGCGCUGCAUACCGUGACUAGCAAGGGGCAUCCCGUUGUCGCCUCGGACUGCCAGGUGAAGGUGCAUGACGUGCACGAUGCAGCUUGGGCAGAGACAUUCGCACUGGCUGCUGCAGCAGCAUCUGCACAUGCGAGAGAGAAACAUCUUGGAGCAAAAGUGAGGGACAACAAGAAGCACCCACUGCUGGAUGUCAAGGUUGCAAUGCUCGAUGGCCUGCACAUCUCCAUCGCAUCCCUGCAGCUGAUGCUGUCUAGCAACCGGGUUUGCUUUCGAUCUGCGCCUGAAGGGCAUCACAUUGCAGCCUCUACGGGAUUCCGAGAAAAAGGCCAAGUUCCGCCAGAGAAGCAAAAGCUGGACGUCCGCAAGCAGAAGGUGCUGGAGCUGCAGAAUCUCGAGAUUUCAGCUGCCCACCUCACCAGCCUGACUGGUUUUGGCCUGGCACUGUUAUCGGUAUCUGGAUGCAGUCUGGACACAGUGGAGGGCAGGGAUGUUGGCUACCUCGAUGGGCAGAACGGCUCUGCCAGAAUGUCGCCAACACCGCGGGACGUCCGUGCAAGUGCAAGCCUGCGAGAGCUUCGCGCAUGCUUAGGUCGAACAGAAGUUGUUGGUUUGAGCACUCUGCUGCGCCAUGUUGUGCAGCCUACCAUGCCACCAUUAAGACUGCUCAGUGCGGAAACGCAAAAGCAUGUUGGAGAGAUCCUUGCCGCAAGGGGGAAGGCUCAACUUAUCAAGCUGCAGCGUCGGAUGCGUGCAGGCAAAGAAGCAUCCACGAUUGCAAAGGGUACCUCUGGGAUGGCUCAUGUGGCGCAGCGGGCUGCAACUGGUGCUGUUGCAGAUGCCGCAGCAGCUGCUGAUGCAGCGGCUGAAAAGGCCCGUCGAACAGCUGCAGUGGCGGUUCAGAGUGCUGAACGCGCAGCAGCUGCAGCGCAGCGUGCCACACACAGUGCUUCGCAAGCAUUAGGCGGUGCACGACGCACUGGACAGGCUGCAGCUGAAAAGGCCUUGGGACACGCAGCAUCAACGUCCAAGAAAGCUUUGGGCAGCUUGGGCACCUUCAUGCGUGGAAAUCUGAGCGGUAAGCUUCCAUUCGCAGCAGGUGCAACCACCAAGGCGCUGACUUGUGGAACAGCUCCUGAAAUGUCUGCUCGCUCAGCAGCCCUGAGUUUGGAGGAGCAGGAAGAGCUGCAGUUUCAACAGGACAUGGAAGCGCCAACAGCUGAAUUUCCGCGUGAUACCCAUGAGAUCGAUGAGCAUGAGCAGCGUGCAGCAGACCAGGUGUUCAGCAGCAUGUGCCAAGAGGACGUCGACGAUCCCCAGGAUCCUGAGGAUCAUGAGCGUGUCCAGGAUGCCGAGGAUGUCGAGGACGUUGAGGAUGCUGACGAUGCUGAUGAUGCUGAAGAUGCUGAGGAGGCCGAGGAUGAAGAUGAAGAUGCAGAGAUCGCUCUGGACCAGGAUGGUGCAGCGCAUAGUUCUGAACAAGGCAUUGGGGAAGGUUGCAGCAGCCAUCUGGCCAUGGGCAAGUGGAGAUUGCCCAAUCUUCGCGUGCUGAAUCUGCAUGUUGCGUUUAAUAGAAUCUCCGUCAUUCUGCCGGCAGAUACAAAGGAAUGCAAGGAAGUGAUCUUGGAGAUGCUGAAUCUAAACCUGACUUUGGAAGGUUUGAUGCAGUUGCCUGUGCCAGAGAGGCUGUGCCUCAAGAAAUUAGGCGUUCUGAAAUGCUCUGAAGCCCAUGAAAUUGUGGAAGCUCCUGGCAUGAGCGGAAGCUGUGCAGUUACUUUGUGCUCCUUUGAGCUUUUUCUGGUACAGGAGGACAGACAUUCUUUGGUCAGAUUGUGCCCAAAAGCUUUGUGGGCAGCUAGCCUGCGCCUUGUUGGAGAGAAGGCGCCGGUCAGUUUGAAUGCUGAGGCGUGUGUGCAUGGACUUGAACUCUGUCCGUAUCCCGCGGCUUUGGAGAGUUUGGGAUGCAUACUAACGAUUUUCCAAGAGGCAAGUGAGGCAUUGGAGUCAGUUUUCAUGCCUGACUACUCAGACGCCUUGCCCAAGUCGGAGUGCACAGAUAUGGAUUGUUUGAGUCUCUCAUCCCAGGCAGUGCUGCACCUGGAUCUUGUGCUGCGUGACGUAGUUGUCGAUCUAUCUCUCAUGGCACCAGUUCCCCUAAGGCCACUUCGACUUGUCUUGCCCCGCGUGGAAGCUAGAGUGGUGGGGAGUUUACCGUCACCAGGCAGCCACCCGGACCAGCCCAUCCGUUCUUGCCACCUACACCCGCCGCAUCCGCCGCCGUGGCACGUGUCUUCCUUGGCAAAGGGUGCGAAAGCAGACCCUGACUGGCACGUUUACGGUUGUCUUUGUGGCAGAUGCGACGAAGCAGAGUCAAGGAGUAUCUCAAGUUGGGAACUGCUUGUAACUGAAAGGCAGUGGCAGAGCAUCAAGCCAGAUCACCACGACCACAGUGCGCGUCCGCCUGACUCCAGACGCGUCUUGCUGCGUCAAACCGAGAUUCUGCGGCUUUCUGCAUCAAAGCUGCAGGCCUUCGAACAGAUGCAGCUCCAGGACAAGCUAGCAGAGGAACAGCAUGCACGAAGCACUGCAAGCGUAAUUCGGGAGAAGGUGCAUCGAUUCCCUGAGAUGGUGGAACUCUUUGAAAGCAAUCCUGAGAUCUUCGAAUCCGAGCUGGAGGCGCAGUUGGAAAACCUUCGUGUGGAACUGCGAGCCUUGGAUGUGACACGGCGGGAGGAUGAGCAGGAGAUGAGAAACAGAGAACGUGAGGCUUCUUCCAGAUUGGCAACAGCCCGUGCCGGAGCACGAGAACAGCGAGAACAGGAACUCCAGCAGCAGUUAGAGGAAGAGCAGCACAUCAGCGCAGCACUCAGGAAGCUCGUGGCAGCCCAGGAAGCGAUCCUGAAGGAGUUCUCAGAGGGUGGGAAAAUGGCCCAGGGAUACCGCGCAGGAGUAGCAGAGGCAGGUGCAAUAGUGAAGAAGGCAGAAGCCGGCGUCGCCCUACUUCACUGUGCUCUGGGGGCUCAGGCUUCCAACAGCUCUGGGCAGGCUUUGGGAAGUGCUUCGGAAGCGAAGGACAUUGCAGGGCUGGACUCCUGGUUGGCGUCACUCAAGCUGGAAUACUGCGAAUCUCGCGCUCGUGACUGGUGUAAGAGGCAAGGCCAUACCAGCUUGGAGCAGGUCUUCUCUGCAUGGCAGGCGCUGGCUGAAGCUCUUGCUCUGCGUCCCCUGGACACAAGGCGCUAUCGUCUUCUUGAGGCCAUUGGCACAGGUGCCACGUCCAGGGUUUCGCGAUGCGUGGACAGCGAUGGCAAUGUGCGGGCCGUGAAGCGGAUUGGUCUAUCCAGACUGCGCCGACAGGGCAACUUCAGGCAAAUUGAGGAGCGGCUGCACCAAGAGGUUGCCAUCCACCUAUCCUUGCAGCACCCGAGGAUCGUAGGACUCCUGGACGUGGUGGAGAUGGAAGAGGAGUUGCGCCUCGUGAUGGAGUAUUUGGGCGGCGGCACGUUGGACCAAAUCGUGGCUUGUGGGCCCCUCAAUGAAGUUCAGGCCUCCGACGUCUUCCAGCAGAUUGCCGAAGGCUUGCAAUACGUGCAUUCCAGGGGGUUUGCGCAUGGUGAUCUCAAGCCUGCCAACAUCCUCCUCUUAGACUCCGAGCGCUUGGAGGUCAAGCUGGCAGACUUUGGCCAUUCUAAAAUUGUGGAUGACGCCCUCGCUAUUGAUAUUGCUGGCACCCCCUUAUACAUGGCGCCAGAGCUCUUUGCAAAGGAGGCCGUGGAUGUGCGCGCCGCAGAUCUUUGGUCCCUUGGAGUGAUUCUCUACGAGCUUCUCACAGGGCGGUGCCCUUUCAACGGUAUCUCCGGUGAGCUUCAGAACGCUAUCCAGAAGUGUGAGAUAUCCUUCUGGGUUGGCGACAACAUUCCAAUCCCAAGCACAAGCGCGCAAUCUUUGGUAAAGGCGCUGCUCAGGCGAGAUCCCUCGAGGCGAGCUGCAUUGGAGUGGUGUUUGAUCCACUCCUUUGUAGCGGGCCCCGGAACCGUUGGACGCCUCCUUCUCCGCGAUGGCCUGCGUGCGACUGAGGUCUUGGAAUCGGAAGUUGCAGAAGCCAUGCUUGAAGAGCGCUACAUGCUACCGCCACUGACUGAAAUGCAUGCACGAGAACUCCGCAAUGAUCUGCGCAGGUGGACGUUGAAGUUCCGGUGCGCCGCAAUAACUACUGGCCGCGAGGUGUUGGCCAACUACGGUCUUGCAAGCCUGGCGCACUGCGCUCGCGAGCGCAUGCGCAUUGAGACGGCAUGCGCAGAGCUUCUUUUGGUCAUGGCAUUUCAUACCGGUGCCAAGCGCCCAGCUGCCAGCAACGUCGAGGACAUGCUGCAGUCGACGUCCAGUCGGGUUGGCGCAAAAACGUCUGCCGACGGCCUUCCAUCCAGUGCUGGUGCUGCUGGUCCUUUGGGUGAACCAGGGCGGAAAGAGCCCUUGGUGGAGGACAAGCUUUAUGAGGAUGAAGCAGCGGCAAGACAACGGCGCCUCGCAGCCCGACAGAAGGCCAACCGAACAUGGAAUUUCAGUGGGCGGUCAGGAUACAGAGAAAAACCCGGAGUCAGAACGGCAGUUGAUCCUGUUUUCCGUGACCAAGAGGUGCAGCUGCAGCAAGCACGACGACAAGCGUUCAGCCGAGGUUUGCGGCAAAAGCCCGAAAAUUGCGAGAGGUGA